AGAUUCCAACACUGCAUCCCCAGAUAGCCAUACCGCCAGUUGAUACAUAAAAGGCACCCUCUCCUCGCCAAACAUGUUGGUCUUCUCACUCCAUCCCCAACUAUCAUCCUCAACCUCUCAUGAUGGUCAAGUCCACUCUGCUCCUCGGCGCCCUCGCCGCUGUCAGCUCCUAUGUCGCCGCCAAGGAGAUCAAGGUGAACGAGGAGAAGGCCGCUAGGCUGUACGACUCGGGCGAGGUGCACAACAAGCUCAUGGCCAGCAAGCAGGCUGUCUGGGCUAAGCAGGAGGCUGCUGGUGCUUUCGCCAGCGAGCAGUAUCCCAAGCUCGGCUACACCAAGUGUGUCAAGGGUUACGCAGAGGCUAUCAAGGGUGAUGCCAACAACACCUUUGCCUGCCACAACGCUGAUCUUUACUCGUUCUUGAGCCAUGCUGCGCUUGGUAGCACGGGUGGUCGAGGUUCGUCCUCUUGGGGAUGGACUUCCGAUAACGGACGUGAGUUUGUCGCUAUCGGUCAGUACGACGGCACUGCUUUCGCGGAGAUCACCAAGAAGGGACAGCUCGUCUACCUUGGCCGUCUGCCCGAGUACUCUGUCCCCUCCCAGUGGCGCGAGAUCCGCACGUACAAGAACUACGUCAUCAUCGGAUCCGAAGCUGUCGGCCAUGGUAUUCAGAUCUUCGACAUGAAGAAGCUCCUCAAGAUCAACCCCAAGCGUCCUGUUGUCUUUGACGCAAAGAAGGAUCUCACCAGCCACUUUUCUGCCCUGCUGCCUGUUGGUCGAGCUCACAAUGUUGUUGUCAAUGAGGAGUUGAAGUACGGUGUUGCUGUUGGUGCUCAGCCGCGCAAUGACUCCAACUGUCUUUCUGGACUUAACUUCUUUGAUCUUACUGAUCCUUCUAACCCAGAGUCUCUUGGAUGCGCCAAGGGCGAUGGCUAUGUUCACGAUGCGCAGUGUCUUGUUUACCGUGGUCCUGAUAAGCGUUACCAGGGUCGUGAUAUCUGCUACGGAUAUAAUGAGGAUACCCUGACUAUCUACGAUGUCACUGAUAAGGCUAAUGUCACCAACAUUAUCUCCAAGAUCUCUUAUGAGGGUGCUUCUUACACUCACCAAGGCUGGGUUCUGGACACUCAGAACCAAGAGUUUCUCGUCAUGGACGACGAACUCGAUGAGCGUGAUGGUAAGGGUCCUGGUGCUGACGGUUAUCCCGUUACCUUCAUCUGGGACAUCCGUGAUCUUGAGAACCCCAAGCAGACCGGUGUUUUCAAGCACCCCACCAAGUCCAUCGAUCACAACCAGUACGUCAUCAACAACUACAUCUACCAGUCCCACUACGGCGCUGGUCUCCGCGUCCUCGACGGCCGCUCCAUUCCUCAAGAUCCCACCGGUGCUGGUGUUUAUGAAGCCGCCUGGUUCGACAUCUACCCCGAGGAUGAUGCUCUCCCCGGCGGUGGCACUGUUGCUUUUGUUGGAACUUGGUCUUCUUAUGCUUACUUCAAGUCGGGAUACAUCUUCAUCAACACUAUUGAGCGUGGUGCUUUCGUUGUUAAGCUCACCAAGGAUGCUUUCAAGAAGCCAAAGAACUAGAAGGUCAAGGUGCUUCACGCUGGGUUAAAGUUAUGUUGACGUGUAGAGUCAUGUAGUUAGCGAAUCAAAACACAAAUCAAUAAUUCCAACUACUUACUGCGCGAAUGUUUCAAUCUAAAAUCACUACCAGUCAUCCCUUUCCCUUUCCCAAGCACCUCCUUCCCAUAAACUACCACCAGUACCAAUCUUACUCUGCCUUCUCACUUGAAUCUUCCGCAAACCAUGGGUGACGGAGGAUCUCUUCAGCUGAGGGUCUCUUUGCAGGAUCAUACUGAAGAAUCCAUCGAAUGAGUUUCUUGACCUCCUGCGCCUCCGCCUCUGUCAUCUCUGGGCUCUCCUUAUCGAAGGCUUCCUCCAUAGUAGACAGCAUAGACGGUUCCGGCAUCUUCGGCUCUUUACCCUCCUCAGCACCACCAAGCGCCCAAUUAUACAGUUUUCUAUCCUUGGUGUAGUAGCGCGAGGAAGUCUUCCAGUGGCUGUAAAGCUCAUCGGGUAGUGGGCCAAGUCUAUCCUGAAUCUCAAGAAGAUGCUCGUCGUCUGGUUCGGUCUCGUCUUUGAAUGGACCACAUAUGUAGAAGAGAUGUCGUCCAGCGAUCAACUCAAAAAC